CAAACCUCCUUGCAGAUUUAAAAAGGAUAGGAACUAAGAGUGGAGGCAGUCUUCCUUUCUUUCAGCUGGAGUGCUCCUCAAGAGCGAGCUCCACCCUUAAAAAAGAUGUUUUCUGCGAAGAUCUUGUGCCUGGUCCUGAGUGUGGUGGGCACAGUCUGGACCACAAAUUCCAAAGAAGGUGAAUUUAUAGCCGAAGGAGGAGGUGUACGUGGCCCAAGAAUUGUGGAAAGACAGCAAUCUGCCUGCAAGGAGACAGACUGGCCCUUCUGUUCCGAUGAAGACUGGAACUACAAAUGCCCUUCUGGCUGCAGGAUGAAAGGGUUAAUCGAUGAAGUCAAUCAAGAUUUUACAAACAGAAUAAAUAAGCUCAAAAACUCACUCUUUGACUAUCAGAAGAACAAUAAGGACUCUAGUUCAUUGACAACGAAUAUAAUGGAACUUGUGAGAGGGGAUUUUGCCACUGCCAACAAUAAUGAUAAUACAUAUAGCCAAGUGUCAGAAGAUCUGAGAAGCAAAAUUGAGAUCCUGAGGCGCAAAGUCCUAGAACAAGUACAACACAUCCACCUUCUACAGAAAAAUGUCAGGGAUCAGCUGGUAGAUAUGAAACGACUAGAGGUGGACAUUGAUAUUAAGAUCCGAUCUUGCCAAGGGUCAUGCAGUAGGGCUUUAGAGCGUAGGACAGAUCUAAAGUACUAUGAAGAUCAACAGAAGCAACUUGAACAAGUCAUUGCCAAAGACUUACUUCCACCUAAAGACAGGCAAUACUUACCACUGCUAAAAACGAGCCCAGCUCCAAAUAUGCUUCCUGGGGACUACAAGAGCCAGCUUCAGGAGGCCCCUCUGGAGUGGAAGGCACUCAUGGAAAUGAAGCAGAUGAAAAUGACUCUAGAGAGGCUUGAUAGAGAUGGGAAUGCCCGAGGAGACACUCCAUCUCAUGGAACAGGAUCAGUGCCUGAAAGCCCCAGGAACCCUGGGAGCUCCACCCCUGGAAGUGCUGGCACUUGGAACCCUGGCAGCACUGGACCUGGCAGUGCUGGUCCUUGGAGCUCUGGGAGCACCAGGCCUGGCAGCACUGGGCCUGGUAGUGCUGGUACUUGGAGCACCAGGCCUGGCAGCACUGGGCCUGGCAGUGCUGGUACUUGGAGCUCCGGGAGCACCGGGCCUGGCAGCACUGGACCAGGCAGUACCGGUACUUGGAGCUCUGGGAGCACCGGGCCUGGCAGCACUGGACCAGGCAGUACCGGUACUUGGAGCUCCGGGAGCACCGGGCCUGGCAACACUGGACUGGGCAGUACUGGCACUUGGAGCUCCGGGAGCACCGGGCCUGGCAACACUGGACCGGGCAGUACUGGCACUUGGAGCUCUGGAAGUUCUGACUCCGAAAGCUUUAGGCCAGGUAGCGUAGGGCAUGGGAACACCAGGCCUACCAACCCAGAGUGGGGGACAUUUGAAGAGGUGUCAGGAAGUGUGACUCCAGGGUUAAAGAAUGAGUUCCACACAGGUAAACUGGUCACUUCUAAAGGAGAGAAAGAGCUUCUUAUUGGUAAUGAGAAGGUCACCUCUGGUAGCACAACCACCACUCGUCACGCAUGCUCUAAAACUGUUACUAAGACCGUUAUAGGUCCAGAUGGUCGCAAAGAAGUGACAAAAGAAGUGGUAAACUCCGAAGAUGGUUCUGAUUGUGGUGACUUAUCCCAUACUUUUGCUGGCAGCCUAGAUGAUCUCCAUGCUAGGCACCCUGAUCUAGAGCGUUUCUUUGGCACCUCAAUUGUCAAAACACCUCCAGGUAUACUUUUACCCUCGCGUAAAGAGUUUGAACAUAAGACCCACAUUAUGGGCUCAGAUUCUGACAUAUUCACAAACAUAGGGACACCUGAGUUCCCUUCCAGUGGUAAAACUUCAAGUCACAGCAAACAAUUUGUGACCAGUAGUACGACUUACAACAGAGGAGACUCCGCAUUUGAAAGCAAGAGCUAUAAAGGGGCAGGUGAGGCCGGAACGGAAGCAGAACGUGAAAUCUUCAGAGGAGAAUAUAGCAUCAAAAGAGGCCAUGCUAAAGCUCGCCCUGCCAGAGGUAUCCGCACUUCUCCUUUGGGGAAGCCUUCCCUGACCCCCUAGACUAAGUUCUCUAUUCUUGCAAUGCCUCCCAUGGCACCUUGAACCUCUUUCCUAGCCCUCUAUGACACUUUAUAGAAAUUACACCUUUUGUUUGUUUGUGUUUGGGGACUAGACUGUAAGUUCCAUGAGGGCAAGGGUUUUGUCUAUCAUGUGUAUUCCUAAAUGCCCAACAGUGCAGAGAGUCAUCACUCAAUAAAUGCAUGUCAAAUGAA